AUCACAGAUCGCACUCUUUCAUUUCUUGUCUUUAUCUAGAGUACGUUCAGUCGAUUCAAGUUGUCUCAUUUUAUCUUAUUCUCCUAGCAGUCCUACCCUUGACGUCUCGUUUUCUACCUGCUCUGGAAUUCGACCAAUAGCAUCAAGUGUGUGUGUUGUGUGUGUCUGUGCGUCGGCGAUUCGACUUCGGCAAUGUAACCAUACCCUUCUCUCAGCAUACAGACCUCACAGUCAUUAUUUUCUCAACUCUCAGAGAGUAACACAACACAAUCGUGGAUCGGGACAGAUCGGGAUCGGGGUCGCUGGCUUCUACAAUAUACGUAUUCUACACUUGUACGUUAUACAUAUACUUAAUACUACGUCGUGCGGCUCGUGCGUGUAGUAUCGUCGCGUGUGUAUCAAUAACAACUCUAAUUCUUCCGGUUUUAUCAGUACUGUCAUACAUUACCCCAUUUUUAAAUUUAAAAUAUUAAAUAGUUAUUCAAUAUCUAGGCAUAUUGCUAACAAGACUAAAAUUUACUCCUAGUUGAUCUAAUCUAAUGAUUUUAUCUAGUGUACAAUUGAUUUCCUGAAUACAAUAUAUACAUAUUUAUUUAUGUAUAUAUAUCAAUAUAGAUAUAUUGAUAUAUGAUAUUGUGGGUAUUACAAGUGGGACAUAAUCAAAUAAUUUUUUACAAUUAAAUUUAAAUUUGUGAAAAAAACAAAAAAACAAAUUAUUUAAGUGGAAAAUUAAAUAAACAUGAGGCGGUUACUGCGUGGAGUGUUCCUCUUGACGGCAUUUUUUAUUGUAAUUGCCAGGACCGAAGGCAAGCGAAAGUUCGACGGCGAUUUUGAAUUUGCUGAAGAGGAUGAUACAAGAAUCAUGAAAGUUGGUGACAAAAAAAAAUGGAUUCAUGAUCCAAAUAGUGAACUGUGUCGGCCAUUAAAUUGCAAAAAAAAAGAAUUAUGUCUUUUGGAAGAUACGUUUACUGCAGUCUGUGUUUCAAAAAAAGAACUUCACAAAUCAGGUGAUAUUGUAAUCCCUAAAUCACGAGCCAUGCAGCAAAGAAGAAUGCGAACAGAUACCUCAGUUGACAGUGAAGAUGACGAUGCUUUCUUUGAUUCUGAAGAUGAUGAAGAUGAAGAUCAGGAUGAAACUAAGUGUCAAGAAUGCCCAGUAGUUAAACCAAACUUCCUCUGUGGAAUUGACAAUCGCACAUACAGUUCACCGUGCCGUCUCGAGUACCACAAUUGCAUUCAUCAUACCUCAGUUCACAUCGCGUGUAAAGGAUUCUGUCCGUGUAAAGGAGGAUCAGAUCUCAAAGUACAUACAAAAAAAAUACCUCAAGCAAAACUUGAAAAAACAUUUUUGGGGAAAGCUGGUCGAAAUCGUGACAUAACACUUACUCCACGUGAUUUUAAUUACGAUAAUCACCAUUAUCAGUAUCUCAAAUACAGCAAACGUCCAAAGGGAUUGGGAAUCAACAGCAAAUACGAAGAAGACAUAAAGCAUUCAAUGAGUAAUGAAAUAGGUAAAAAUUUAGCAACCUUGAAGCCUACUUUCGAUUCCCCUGAAGCCAAGUUCAAUCGAUUACGAAACACUGAUUGUCCACCCUCCUCCCGACCAGCUAUGGCUAAUCGAUUGUUAGACUGGUUCUCAGUAGUAAUGGCUGAUGCUAAAUAUCGUCGUCAAUAUGUUAAGUCUAAGGGUCAUUUCCCCAUUGGAUGCCAACCAGAAGUCAGGUGGAUGUUUGGACAUUUGGAUAAUGAUGAAGAUCGUCGAAUCUCUCUUGCAGAGCUGUAUAGCCUUGAACAUGAUCAAAAUGAGCCAUGUCUUAAACCGUUUCUCGAUGCAUGUGAUACAGAUGGAGAUAUUUUUGUAAGUGGUCCAGAAUGGUGUGGGUGCUUUUCGAAAGCAGAAAGACCUUGUGCUGCAGUUCGCAGGCGAUCUUCUCCUGAAGUCGCACCAGCUUGUGAUUCACGAGGAUAUUAUCGCAGUAUUCAAUGUCAUCGUGGAUUAGGUUUAUGUUGGUGUGUUGAUCCUCAUGGUAUUGAAUUUGCUGGUACUCGUACUCGUGGUUCUAAACCAGAUUGCGGUAAGUAUACAAUUAUCAGCAAGAUAAGUAAUGAGGCUUUGAAGACUAACAGCGUGAAUCUUGAAAAUGAAAUUAGUGACGACGAUGAUGAAGAUGAUGGUAUAGAUUCUGGAAAUGAUCUCGAAGGUUCAGCAGAUCAGCCACUUGAUUUUUAAGUUUUCUAUUUUUUUUUUUUUUCUUUUUUUUCUCAAAAUCUAUCAUUGAGCACCUUGAAAAUAUAUUUUCUUUUCUUUCGUUUUCUUCAAGAACUGACAAGGAAAAUAAACAUAAUGAUAAAUUUCUCGAUAAUAUAAAAUAUCAAUCUUAUCAAUAGAAACAAGCCUAUUAAAAAAAGAACACGUCGAAUUCAAUUCCCAUUAAACUUAAUAAUAAAUCCACUCUGCCGUCCUUCGCUAAUGUAUAAUUACAAUAGCGGUCGGUUUUAAUAUUAAAAAUGAGGUUCUUGUAUGUUUAGCAUUAAACAUAAACUUGUACACUAAAUAUUAUUCGCAAGACCUUCACGUAUAAACAUUCAUACUUAUUUAAUGAUGUAAUGAAGAAAAAAAAAUUAAUUUAUAGUUGAUCACUUAAAAAGUGUCAAUAAUACAUUGUACAAGUAAAAUAAUCUAUUAAGUGAUUUUCUUAAUAUAAUUUAUAAUCAAGAUAUCAAAAUCCAAUACUUAAUCUACAUCCUUAAAAUAAUAAUUAUUAUUAUUAUUAUCUUAACACUGCGACCAUCUUAGCUAUUAAAAUUUAAAAAUAUCAAAAUCGCUUAAUCAA